CAGCUGCCUUACUGAUGAUGCUGCAUCUGAAGUCUAAAAUAGCAUUGAGUAUCCUGCCUCUCCGUAUCCAAGCAACAUAUUGGAAUUGAAAAUAGCUACAAAGUUUUUUUGGUCAGAAAAUACCAUGGAUACAAGAAGCAUUUCGAAUUAAAACCUGAAGAUCCGGAGAAAAUGUAUAUAUUUUAUCAUAAAUUCUACUGUGGAUGUUUUUCCUGUUAAUAUAGUGGAUAUUACAUUUCAUGAGUGAUAACGCCAAACUUGUCAGCUUCUGGGAGAAAGCCAAACACAUGUUUGGCAUUGCUGAGUAAAUGAUGGGAAUAAUGAAUGUUACGCAUCAUCAUGAGACACAUCACCUGCACUUUCGUAACCACAGUCGCAGCGUUGGUGCUGGAGCAAAUGAUACUAAACAGAAAGGCCAUUACUCCGGAGGAUGCUAUGAACAAUUGUAUGUGUCCCCUGAAGUGUUUGUCAUCCUGGGUAUCAUAAGCUUGAUGGAAAAUAUACUUGUUAUAGCUGCAAUCACCAGAAACAAGAAUCUGCAUUCCCCCAUGUACUUCUUUAUCUGUAGUUUGGCAGUAGCUGAUAUGCUCGUGAGUGUGUCUAAUGGCUUUGAAACGGUAGUAAUCACCCUGUUUAAUAAUACGGACAAAAACACACAGCAUGUCAUUGUGAAUGUCGACAAUGUCUUGGAUUCUGUUAUUUGCAGCUCCUUGCUGGCUUCUAUUUGCAGCUUGCUGUCGAUAGCAGUGGACAGGUACUUCACUAUAUUUUAUGCCCUGCAAUACCAUAAUAUAAUCACGGUGAGGAGAGCUGUGGUCAUUAUCAGCUGCAUCUGGACUGCUUGCUUCAUUUCCGGUGUCUUAUUUAUCAUUUAUUAUGACAGCGCUGUUGUAAUUAUUUGUCUGAUAAGUAUUAUUUUCACUAUGCUUGCUCUCAUGGCAUUCCUCUAUGUGCACAUGUUCAUGCUGGCCAGGCUUCACAUGAAGAGGAUCGCUGUUCUACCAGGGACAAGUUCAGUACGGCAGGUUACCAAUAUGAAAGGAGCCAUCACUCUUACAAUCUUACUUGGAGUUUUUGUAGCUUGUUGGUCUCCCUUCUUCCUCCAUCUCAUUUUCUACAUUUCUUGCCCUAGGAACCCUUACUGUGUGUGUUUUAUGUCCCACUUUAAUAUUUACCUUGUCCUAAUCAUGUGCAACUCUGUUGUUGAUCCAUUGAUCUAUGCUUUAAGAAGCCAAGAACUUAGAAAAACAUUCAAGGAAAUGGUAUGUUGUUACUGCAUGGGAGGAAUAUGGGACUUCUCUAAUAGUUACUGACAUGCUAAUAACUAAUUGUCUGUAAUAAGCAGUACAGUAUUUUUAAAAUAUAUUUGUUAAUGAAAAAACGGUAUAGGGGCCCAAAAUAGGUUUUUGAUUUUAUUAAAGCCCAUCUUGGAUGGUAUGGAAUUGAAAAAAAAGUAUUUUGUGGCACAUGUAUUUAUAGAGCCAGCUUUAGUAUAGGGCUUGCUACAAGGGUUUCCCAGCAUCAAAGGGGUUCUCUUGGAAGGAAGGAUACAAAUAGAGCUUUUACAUAUCUCAAACAUAUACAUCAAUGAUAGCCAACCUGUGAUCUGUUAAGUUCAACUCCCAAAAUGCCAUUAGCAAUUAGGUCAAUGUUCACAGAGCACUCAGCUGAUCACUUUCACUAUUUAUAUUUUUCUAGGUUGUUUUCAAAACUUGCUUACCAACUCCUUGGAUGUUACUCACAGUGGCCUCAAAGCAGGUGAUUAUUGUUGAUUUCUUGGCUUGGAGGCAAGUU